AUGAACGCGGCGUCCCGUUGGCUCCAGGAGUGCGACAAAUUCGGCCGCGACUUGCAGGACUACCAGAAGGAGGCCUCCCCGACCAAGCGCCAACAGAGACGACAGAGACUUGUCACCACCCUGCGGCACCUGGAAAAGCAGCUCUACCAGCACUCGGAACAGCCCACGACCUACCAGUUGAACCGGCAGGACCUGCAGCAGCGGGGGCAGAUUCUGUUUCGGUUGCAGAAUGAACUGGACUCGAGCUCUGCCGGGGGCGGGUCCUCUUCGUCUUCUUCUUCCAAUAAGAAUCAUGCCACAGGAGCGAUGAAUUCGCCCUUCAUGGACCAAAGCGCAGCUGACGGCGGUUCUAGUACCAGCGCAACACAACGACCGCAGGGAAAUUACGCGGGUAUCCCAGACAUGGCGAGCGUAGAUUUGCUCGGCGGUGGCACUGCGUUCCUUCAAAACACGAAGGACUAUUUACUUGGUGCGGUGUCCAAAUCACCCGGCGGGGGAAGCGCGUCCGCGAGUAAGGAGACCGAGUUGAGAAAUCCGACCGGCGCCGGCGCAGGUUAUGGUUCCGCGUCGGGUAACAAUCGGGAUAUCGAACAAGGUCCAAAUUCGCCACCACUGAAUUUCCGGUCGCAGCAGCAAAAGAUGUUUCAGGAACAAGAUCAAAAUUUGGACAUGCUGGCGGGGACGGUAGAAUUUUGAAGAUUAUAUGAUUGCAAUUAGCCGAACUAUAAUUUUUGUGAUGAUCCACACUCCUGGUGGUCGUGGUUGCAGCUUUACCUUCUUGAAAGGUAGAGCUUGAAGCCAUCACUCUGGCAUCCGUUGCAAUUGCAAUUUUCAACAUCAUCUCAGGUCGGCAACCUAAAGCAGAUCGGCGGGGAAAUCCACACGGAGGUGCAGUACCAGGGCGGUCUGGUGGAAAAUCUUGGCGAUGCGAUGGAUGACAGCCAGUCGAAAAUGAAGUCCACCACCCAGAUGCUGAAGGAGCUCGACAAGGACGGUUCGCUGUGCUUCUGGUGGGUCUUGAUAAUAGCGCUGUUUGUGCUUAAUGUGGUCGUCGCCGUGUUUCUCUGACAUGAGGUGCGGCACGGUGAUGUGGCGGCAUCAUGUGGUGAUGAUGUAGUAUCCUUUUACAUAAACGAAAACCAACGCAAGAUAGCACCCCCCCGAGCGACAGCCACACAUUGCAGUAUCCCUGCGGAAAUUCGACCCUCCCUGGUGAAUUUCUCGAAUUUCGACGAAAGAAUAUCAUUUUGCGACAAACCGACAUAGAAAUCAUAUUAGCGCGACUUUCCAUACGACAGCACCGAAUACAGCAUCAAAACAAAUGUAGCGUGAAGAUGUCCUCACUCAGCGUCAGUGUCACCUGUUCUGCUGACGAAUUCGAU